CGUCACCAUAGUAACGGUGUACAGGCUUCAGUGUCGCGAUGAGACUGAAACGGCUACACAUACGAUACUACCCACCAGGAAUAUUCCUGGACUAUGAGAAAGGGGGGGAGCUAAGGACGAAAUCCAUCGAUCUGUUAAACUUGACACCAGAGACUGAUGUGAAUGAGCUGCUGUCAGACAUCCGAGCCGCAGAGCCUCUCAUCACCUCAUCCUGUGUUGAGCAGGUGAAGGUCCUGAUCUGCAAACUACAGGAGAAAGUCGGCCAAAAGGAUGAACGCAAGUUCUACCUUUUCAGGGCACUACAGGCUCACAUUUUGCCCCUGACGAAUGUAGCCUUCAAUAAAUCAGGAUCGAGUUUUAUAACCGGAAGCUAUGACAGAACUUGUAAAAUAUGGGACACCUCAUCCGGAGAGGAGCUGCACACUUUGGAGGGUCACAGGAACGUUGUGUAUGCCAUCGCCUUCAACAACCCUUAUGGAGACAGGGUUGCCACAGGCUCCUUUGACAAGACCUGCAAACUGUGGAGUGCUGAAACGGGGAAGUGUUUCUACACAUUUAGAGGGCACACCGCAGAAAUCGUGUGCCUGGCCUUUAACCCACAGAGUACCCUGGUUGCUACGGGCAGCAUGGACACCACGGCUAAAUUAUGGGAUGUUGAGAGCGGGAAAGAGGUGUCCACAUUGGCUGGUCACUUCGCCGAGAUCAUCUCUCUCUCCUUCAACACAACGGGCGAUCGGUUGGUCACAGGGUCGUUUGACCACACUGCCAUUCUGUGGGACGUUCAGUCCGGCAGGAAAGUUCAUGUUCUCACAGGUCACCGUGGCGAGAUCAGUUGUGUUCAGUUCAACUGGGACUGUUCCCUCAUCGCCACGGCCUCUCUGGAUAAAACAUGCAAGGUGUGGGGCGCAGACAACGGUCAGUGUUUGGCUACUCUCUUAGGUCAUAAUGAUGAGGUGUUGGAUGUGUGUUUUAACUACACUGGUCAAUUGAUCGCUACGGCCUCUGCUGAUGGUACAUCAAGAGUGUUCAGCGCUGUAACGUUCCAGAGUUUAUGUCAAUUAGAGGGUCAUAAUGGAGAGAUAUCAAAGGUGUGUUUUAAUCCGCAGGGGAGCCGUGUUUUGACGGCGAGCGUGGAUAAGACGGCUCGCGUGUGGUGCGUGAACACAGGAGUGUGUUUGCAGGUGCUGGAGGGACAUUCUGAUGAGAUCUUCUCCUGCGCUUUCAACUAUGAGGGAGACACCAUCAUUACAGGCAGUAAAGACAACACCUGCAGGAUCUGGCACUGAGACGGCGGCUGAACGCGGAUGUUACAGUAUUCUUUCCUUCACCUCUUUGGAUUAACAUAUUGUGUGUCAUCUUGUCUAAUAUUCUCUAAUAUUCUAAUAUUAGAGAAUAUUUUAAUAUCUAAUAUUUUCUGUUACUACGCAGGCCCCUAAAGAGAUGUGGUGGUGGAAACAUUUUUGGAUGGGAGAAAAAACCUGUUGUGAGCUCGGACAACAAACAAUUCCCGUUCAAUGUCCCGCUAGUAGACAGCUCCGUACGUUAUCAUCGGAGUGUUUCAUAGUGUUUGUACUUGGACUCAAAUAUAAAGAAAUGCGGUCAGUGCUUAACUCAAGGAGUUCAGUUUAGUUGGCAAUAUAUUCACAGAUUCGAACUUCACCUAUUUCCAAUCGAGCUACAACCCAGUUUUCCUGAAAAUAAGCUUUAUAAUAUAAAUUGACCAUCUGCAAAGUCCAAAACCCACAUUUUAUAUUAAAUAACGUCACUGUAACACUGUACUGUCACCAAAUUCAGUUCACGUAUCACUGCUUUCCUGCUUGUCAUACUACAACAUAAAAAUGCACAAUUUCUAUGAUUAUUUAUUAUGAAACCAAAUCAAUAACUUUACACUGUUAUUAGAAAGAAAUAUUCAAUAACUUCACACUGUUGUACAAAUUCUUAAGCAAUUAUCAUGCAAAAGCUAACAAGUAUGUUGGCUGGGUAUCAACACCCUUUGUGUAAAGAAUAGAUCUACUUAUUUUGUAUGUGCUAUUACUUGCCAAAUUAAGUGUUGAAGUAUGAACAGUAGGAGACCAUUGAUGUGUAAACUUGUGAAUUUGGUGAGGUGACACUAUAGUUUGUAAUAUAUGUAAACUGAAUUUGGUGAGGUGACACUAUAGUUUGUAAUAUUAAAGUUAAUGAGAUCCAUUUCAUUAACUUUCAUUAACUCAGCCGAGAUCCAUUUAUAUCAUAAAGCUGGGUUGUACAGUAGCUCCUUGUCUAUGUUGCUAUGAUUGGAAAUAGGUGUCAUUUGUAUUUUAACAUUGAGAUCUGUGAAUAUAUUGCCAACUUCUCACUGACCACAUUUCUUUAUAUUUGAGUGCAAGUUCAAACACUUUGAAGCACUACAAUGUUAACGUACGGAGCUGUCUGAAACACACCAGUGGGAGAUUAAACAGGAAGUGCAACAGGUUUUGCGAGGGAAUGUAAAGUUUCUCUGGGAAACACAAAAGUUUUGCAAGAGAACACAAAAAUCUCAAAUUUUUUCUCACCACCAUGUCCCUUUAUGCUAUGGACCCCAUGCGUGGAUAUAUUGUGGCCACAAUUCAUUCCUUGGUUUUAUUAAUUAGUUUCCCCGUUGUAUUUUUGUUAACAAUUUGUUCCCUCGUUUUACUAUACCGUGGCCACUUAGUAAUGUGUUCUCUUGUUGUAUAGUUCAAAUUAUCAAAUUCUUAAUUCGUGGGAGCUAAUUCUUAUCCGUGGGCAUGAUAUCUAGGAAUUUAUGUUUGUCUGCACGCGGUCAUUCUUUAAAAACAAAACAAAAAAUGCUCACACAAAUGCUUUAUGGAGAAUCUUGUGUGUAAGUGCACACUUGUCAACAUAUUUUUGUUUAUAUCAAGUCAGUUUUUUAAUUUUAAGACUUGCUAUGUUACAUUGAAAUAAUUUUCUGGUGUAUUUAACCUGGAAUAUCUUCUCUUUAGCAUGCAAGUCUAUUUUUGAGUUUGUGUAUGUAUGGACUUUAUUCACAAACGUGUGGCUCUUUUCAAAUAAAGACUGUCGACGUCAAACUCACUCUACGCAAAUUUUAUUUUGAAAAGAUAAAUACAUUCAGGUAUACCGUGACAGACUGGAUACAGUUGUGUGCCUUCAACGCCGACAUUAAAACACGUUACUAUUAUGUUACUAUGCGGAGAAAACCAAAAUGCCACCAGAUUUCACAUUUACACGUCAACUUUUACGUGACAGAACUGUACUUGCACUUUAAAUAUACUCUUUUAUGUUUAUCCUCAAAAUGUUUACAGUAUUGGUGCUGUAAUCCUGUCCGUCUGCCUGUCUUUGCAAUCGUAAAACCGAAAACGUAAAUUUCCAUUUGCAGCCCGAAGGUACAAUAGCUCACAAUCUAGACUAUUUACAUCUAACCAAAAUAAAAUCUCUUAAAUAACA